CAGAUUUAUAGAUUCACAAACCCCUCCUCCUCAUACUCCCAUCCGCCAACCCUAGCCAACACUCGCUUCUUCCCUCUUCCUCCGCAGCAACCCUCAGCCGUCGCCUCCACAACCACCACCGAGAUGGGUCGCGUCCGCACAAAGACAGUGAAGAAAUCCUCCCGCCAGGUAAUUGAACAUUACUACUCGAAGAUGACUUUGGACUUCCACACCAACAAGAAGGUUCUGGAAGAGGUUGCCAUUAUCCCCUCGAAGCGCCUCCGCAACAAGAUAGCUGGGUUUUCCACCCAUUUGAUGAAGCGGAUCCAAAAGGGACCCGUUCGUGGAAUCUCCCUGAAGCUGCAGGAAGAGGAGCGCGAGCGCCGCAUGGAUUUCGUGCCUGAUGAGUCGGCCAUUAAGGUCGAUCGCAUUGAGGUUGACCAGGAGACCGUGGAUUUGUUGGAGUCGCUUGGCAUGAAGGACUUGCCAGGUGUGGUGCUGAGAGAGGACCAGGGUCCUAUCAAUGUUGCACCGGCCAUGGGCUACGGUCGCGGCGGCAUCAGGAGAUACUGAGAGAGUUGAGUCUUUUUGUUCGGUUAAUAUGCUCUUGGAUGUUAUUUUAUAAUGGAUUAUUGUUAGUUUUGGUGAAAAAUGAUGUCUUACAGUACUCUUAGAUUAUGCUUUUUGGGAAAUUUGAGACUAUUUCAAGAUGUUAAAGUUUCUGUGGUAAUCGUACUUUUGUUCUGAUUGGUGAUGA